UCCAUGAAGGGCCGGCUUGCAUUCUCCGCUCACCUCUAGCCGCGGUUCUCCACCAUGCGUCGUUUUGCGUCCGUUUUCGCCCGCCGCGACAAGGAAAAGGACACGCUCAAACGGGCCAAUUCAACUCUCGCCCCCAUACACUCUCUCUCCCCAGUUCCCCCAUCUAUUCCCUCCACCCCUGUUCUGAGUACCGGCAGCAGCGAUCCCACUUCUUCCACCUCCUCUACUGGCUCAGCCAGUCUCAAUCUCAGUCUCCAGACUCCUGAAGACGAGCCCGUUUCCGAACCCACACCCACACCGAAGUCCAAGUCAUGGACGAAUUGGCUCUCCAAACGGUCGAGCACGAUCAAGCGUUCGAAGCUGCCACCUGACGAUGUUUGGAGCCACCCUGUACCCCCUUGGCCCUCAAACAUGUCUGCCCCUGUACUCAGUAAUCCACCGGCGCAGAGAUCUCGUGCAGAUAAACACAUCGCCCCGGAGGAAGACGAGGAUGAAGAUUCUGAAUCCGAGGAAGACCAUUCUGCCCCAACUGUUCACACUCGUACCCCCACAAUCUCCCCAGUAUCCGCAGCCAGAUCUAGAAAAACCCUUGAAAUCAUCAUACAGAACAGUCUAGUUCCGACUGCCGCUUCAUCUCCGUUCGCACAUGUCCCGGGCGCACCGACGUAUCCACGCUCCUGCAAUCCCCAUAGCUCCCUCCGGCCCGAGUCUCCAUGCAGACGACUAUGCACAAAAUGCAUCUGCUUCGGCGGUUGACCGAGCCCGACGUAUCAACGCUGUCACCCAUCCACGACCGUUCGAUAUCUUCUCUGGCUUCUCGUCCCUCCCCAGCACCUGUUGAUCCCCCGAGCUCAUUGCCCUGGUAUAACAUCUCCGUUGUAUCCGUUUCAAUGGGCAUCACUGCAAUCAGUCCCGGUCUCCGUCGGUGGAUCUCGCGCCCUUGCUUUGAAGAGAAAUUUGUUGUUCACGUUCCUCUUGAUGGCUCGAUUGUGUCCCGAGCGGUUCCCGGCUCGUCUUUUGGAGUUCCGGAACUAGAGUUCUCUGGCGCGAUUGAUGCAAUGGCCGGAUUGUUGGUGGAUGAAAGAGAUCUUUCUGUUAUCUCGGCAAGCUCUGACGUGUCACCUGUGCUGCGAAGCACAUCGCUUAAGCCGCAACUCCAAGUUGAAACCACCGAGCAGAAGGUUACCCCACCGGUCAAACCAACGACGUCGAGUCCGACAUUGUCGGUUCCACCAACUUCAAGUCCAUCGUCGCCAAUUCCAUCAUCGCUGAUUUCGCCAUCCUCCAAACCAGCAGCAUCCAAGUCAUCAACAACAACGUCGCGUGUGCGGUUCAUGGUGGAAGAUAAGGACGAUGUUGUGCCCCUCGGCUACACCAUUAGAGUGAAGCAGCGUCGCGAGGAAAAGGCAAGAUUUCUUCGAGAGGAGCAGGAGCGGCGCGCGUUCGAGGAAGAAAAGGCUCGUCAGGAGGAAGAGCGCAGAAAGAGGGAGCAGCAACGACGGCAAUGGGAAGAGGAAAAGAAAGCUUGGGAUAAGGAGCAGCGGGCUAUGGAAGAGGAACGGAAGCUGCGCAUUUAUGCUGAGGAAGUUGCUGCAACUCGAUUACGCAGAGAACAACAGAGGGCCGGGUUUCCGGGCGGCGCUAGCAAGCCCACGAGCUCCAAUCUACUAGCGGCCUCGAAUUCAUCGUCUUCACUGCGGAGCGAACGUAAGAGACAGGAUCCCUCACCUGUCUCUCGCCCAGCCUAUGAUACGUCUCGUCGUCAAGCGUCGGAGCCAACUGGAGCCCUGCACCCACACACCCCGUCUGCUUCGCCGCACACAUCCUCGCCGAGUAGCUCUCGUCCGGCGAGCAUUGCGAGUCGUGGACGGGGAUCGUCUCGUCCCCCUUCCGUUCACACUAAUUCAUCGGAUGACCAAAGGCCCUCGAACCCUAGGCGCGGAUCUGUAACGUCUCUAUCCGUGAAAAACGUCAGCGCAUUUGAUCGUUCUUCGUGGUCCGCAAACAAUCCCUCGCUGAUGAUGAUGCCCUCCAUGCCCAAUCCGAUGUAUACGAUGGACAUGCCUCUCCUCCCUCCGACGCCGCCCUUUAUGCUGCAUCAAUACCCUGCGCCCAGGUCGCAUAACUCCUCCCCGGCGCGUUCUUCGUCAUCUUCUCAGUCCCGGCAGCGUUUGCCGAGCAACAGCAGCUCUCAGUCGCGGCAAUCGCUACAUCGGCCACCGCCAGCACAAGCUGGUCCAAGUCAUCAAAGGCGGAGCAGUGAUGAUGCGCGGCGGAUGAGCACGCCGCCGACCAGAGACAGCCAGCUCUACGGCGGGUCUCUGCGGUCUCAUUCCAGCACAUCACUUGCUCGUGGGCGAUCGUCGCUGCCUCUACAGGAGUUGCAUCAGCAGUCGCACCCGCCCAGCCCGUGGCCCGGGACUGCACCACCGAUGGCCACCUCCUACUCCCAGCAGCAGUUGACUCCGGCGGGUCGACCAGUGCAUCGGAGCACCCGGCGGCAAACCACCAUAUCAUAGCCCAUGUAGACAAAACUAGCUGCCAGUCAUUCUUUCGCAUCUACACACUCAUUUGCAUGUAACCCAUGGAGCCCCGUAGCAUAUUCUCUCGAAGUACUAUCGUCAUUCAAGUAAUAAUGCUUCAUGGAACACUGUAUGACCGUAUUCAAUGUUUUAUCGUUCGCACUAGUCCCGCAGCUCAUCUGCACAGCCACAGACAUCACCACUUACUUUCCACCACACAUCCCCGAAUGAGUUGGUCUGGUUUCAAGAAGACCGUCAAUCGGGCGGGCACGACACUGCUGCAGAAGACUGGUCAAAUCGAGCGAACAAUCGACCGAGAAUUCGCCGAUGAACAGGCCAAGUACAAGACGUACGUUCUCGUCCUCACAGAGCUACGAAUCCGUGUCGACUCCAACCACGCCGCAGGUUCGAGAAGGAGUGCCAGGCGC